AUGGUGGGCGUUGGGGGCAUCCCAUUCCCAAAGCUUCCCUGCAGGAUUGAGCAUCAUCACCCAUAUGAGAGCUGGCAUGAAAUAUUUGGGGUCGCCCGACUGGAGGAAGACCGUGAUGGAAGCUGCAGCACAGUCGGGGGUGUAGGUUAUGGGGACAGUAAGGAUUGUAUCCUGGAGCCACUUUCCCUGCCAGAAAGUCCAGGUGGCACCACCACUUUAGAAGGUUCUCCAUCUGUGCCUUGUAUUUUCUGUGAAGAACAUUUUCAUGUGGCUGAGCAAGACAAACUUCUGAAGCACAUGAUUAUUGAGCAUAAGAUUGUCAUAGCUGAUGUCAAAUUGGUCGCUGAUUUCCAAAGGUACAUUUUGUAUUGGAGGAAAAGGUUCACUGAACAGCCCAUCACAGAUUUUUGUAGUGUGAUAAGAAUUAAUUCCACUGCUCCAUUUGAAGAACAAGAGAAUUAUUUUUUGUUAUGUGACGUUUUACCAGAAGAUAGAAUUCUUCGAGAAGAGCUUCAGAAACAGAAACUGAAAGAAAUUCUGGAACAACAGCAGCAAGAACGAAAUGGUAACAAUUUUCAUGGCAUUUGUAUGUUUUGCAAUGAAGAAUUCCUUGGAAACAGAUCUGUUCUUUUGAACCACAUGGCCAGAGAACAUGCUUUCAACAUUGGAUUGCCAGACAACAUUGUAAACUGCAAUGAAUUUUUGUGUACAUUACAGAAAAAGCUUGACAAUUUGCAGUGCUUGUACUGUGAGAAGACCUUCAGGGACAAAAAUACACUUAAAGAUCACAUGAGGAAAAAACAGCAACGUAAGAUUAAUCCUAAGAACAGAGAAUAUGAUCAAUUUUAUGUCAUCAAUUAUUUGGAACUUGGAAAAUCAUGGGAAGAAGUUCAGUUGGAAGAUGAUCGGGAGUUGCUGGACAAUCAGGAAGAUGGCUGGUCUGACUGGGAAGAACACCCUGCCUCUGCCGUCUGCUUAUUUUGUGAAAAGCAAGCAGAAACAAUUGAGAAAUUGUAUGUCCACAUGGAGGAUGCACACGAAUUUAAUCUUCUCAAAAUAAAGUCAGAACUUGGAUUAAAUUUCUAUCAGCAAGUGAAACUGGUCAAUUUUAUUCGGAGGCAAGUUCACCAGUGCAGAUGUUAUGGCUGCCAUGUGAAGUUCAAAUCCAAAGCAGACUUAAGAACUCACAUGGAAGAAACUAAACACACUUCACUUCUCCCUGAUAGAAAGACGUGGGAUCAACUGGAGUAUUAUUUUCCAACCUAUGAAAACGACACUCUCCUGUGUACACUGUCUGACAGUGAAAGUGACCUGACAGCUCAAGAACAAAAUGAGGAUGUUCCCAUCAUCAGUGAAGAUACAUCUAAACUGUAUGCUUUGAAACAAAGCAGUAUUUUGAACCAGUUGCUACUACAAGAGUGAUUGAAAAACUAGAAGAAACUACCACAGAAGCAAUUUUUCAUGUUUUUCUCCUAUGAGAGAGAAAUAAAAGAAUAAUUUAAAUUUGAACAUCAGCAAAGGAUUAGUCCUUCAUGAAAUAAACUUUUCAAAAAUGAAUGUUGUUUUCAAAAAAUAAAGUAGAAAAAUGUACUUACUAAGAACUACAUAAAAAAUGAAGUAGGAAAAUAAGAUGAAGACUUUGUAUUUUGGCUGUAAAGUUUUAUUGUGUGAUCGUCUUAAGUGAUCUCAUUUCAUUAAACUUAUAAUUAUCCAUAGAAGGAUAUGCCAAUUACAAAGAAAUGAAAUGUUCAGAUUAUUUAUAAACCUGAUUUUUUCAAUCAGUAGUUACAGUCUCCUCCCCAAGGAUCUUCUUCAUCCAACAAGUUGCAAAAUUUGAAUAUCCUUUUUGUACUAUAUUGGGAGAGCUGUAAAUGUAGUGACCAAAAGAAAAGCCACAGAAGAAAGAAGAAAUGGUCAAAGACCUGGAUAGUAUGCAAAUUGGCCAUUAUAUUAGAACGAUCAAGAGCUGACUGUAUUAUCAUUACUGCUUUCUGCCUAGGGUUGCCAGACUCCCUAGGAAUAGACAUCAAGCCAGUUAAUUUCACUUUUCCCUGCAAUGUGUAUAUCACUGACAGAUAAAUACCAUUUUUGAAAAUAUAACCACAAUACCAUUAAAACACCUAAAAAAAUUAA